GAUGUUUAUUUGUUUUUCUUCUCUUCAGAGGACAAGGAAUUAGUCUAGAUGCAGUAAAUCACAGGAGAUGGAAGAAAGGAAAAUCAAGAGGAGGAGCCCCAAGUCAUCUACCAGUCACCCUGCUCAGGUUGCUAACUCCAAGAAAAGCUCAGUGCCAGUCAGUAAAAGUACAGCCUUUUCCAAUCCUGCCCCCCAGCCUGUGGUGCAGAAACCGAAGUUAAAACGAGCAAUAAAAGAGAAAGCCAAACCUCCAGGAGGGGAAGCAAAAGGGGCACAGGCAGCACCAAUCCAGCAUUCUUUUCUCACAGACGUAUCAGAUGUCCAGGAAAUGGAAAGGGGACUUCUGAGUCUCCUGAACGAUUUCCACUCGGGCAAACUUCAGGCGUUUGGAAACGAAUGUUCCAUCGAGCAGAUGGAGCACGUGCGGAGCAUGCAGGAGAAACUCGCUCGCCUCAAUCUGGAGCUCUAUGGGGAGCUGGAAGAACUCCCCGAAGAUAAAAGGAAACUCGCCAGUGACUCCAACCUGGACAGGCUGCUGUCAGAUCAAAGGAAGAGUUUAUGUGCCUAAAGUUUAAAGUCAACUGAUUAGCAAUCCUCUUCUGCAAAGAUGUUUCACAAGAAAAAGGGAACCACUAAAAAAUUCCAGUUGGAAAUUUUGGCCACAAACUCUGCAAAUUCAAGUCCAACAAAGGUCAUGGACACCCACAGAAAAUGGUGUGAGAGGCAGUGUCACAUUCGAGGAAAAAGUUUCUUUUUUUUUUUCUCUGUACUGAAAUUAAAAUACUUAAAUACAAAAGUGGACAAAU